CCAGCAGCAGUGUGGGGAGACGACUAUCAAGAGUCCAAUGGCAGAGUGGCGGAGCAGAAGCAGCUUCAAUUGAAGGCCAUACACAGGCCUAGGUUAAAAAGUCCCCCCAGCAGCAGCGUGGGGAGACGACUAUCAAGAGUCCAAUGGCAGAGUGGCGGAGCGGAAGCAGCUUCAAUUGAAGGCCAUACACAGGCCUAGGUUAAAAAGUCCCCCCAGCAGCAGUGUGGGGAGACGACUAUCAAGAGUCCAAUGGCUGAAGUGGCAGAGCGGAAGCAGCUUCAAUUGAAGGCCAUACACAGGCCUAGGUUAAAAAGUCCCCCAGCAGCAGUGUGGGGAGACGACUAUCAAGA